AUCAAUUCCAAUAAAUAUUCUAGAGUAGAGAGAAGCAAUGAUGUUUGAAAAACUGAAACGCCCGAAAGCAAUAAACGCGCAUGUGCAAGCGAGUGGGGGGCUUCCUGUCUCUCGGAUCGACGGGGUCAGACGAGCAGGAGGCCAGCGAGGAGAGCAGUACGGCUGGCUGCGCUCGGUGCUGCUCUUGAAGAGUACUACGAUGAAAAUGGCGUGGCAACCGCAAGAGGAAGGACUUCGGCAGAUUCUGCAACUACUACAGGAGUCGCAAAGCCCCAACACCGAGACUCAGCGUGCCGUCCAGCAAAGAUUGGAAGAGCUGAACAAAUUUCCAGACUUCAACAACUAUCUAAUUUUUGUUCUAACAAAACUCACCUCAGAAGAUGACGCAACAAGGUCCCUAAGUGGCUUAAUAUUGAAAAACAACGUCAAGAGCCAUUUCCACAAAUUCCAUCCCGAGGUUACAGAAUUCAUCAAGCAGGAAUGUCUGUCUGCUGUGGGAGAUCCAUCACCAUUAAUCAGAGCAACUGUAGGAAUCCUGAUAACAACUAUUACAUCAAAAGGUGAUUUGUCUACUUGGCCAGAAUUGCUUCCAGCACUCUGCCAAAUGUUAGAUUCGCAAGACUACAAUGUUUGCGAAGGAGCUUUUGGCGCCUUGCAAAAGAUUUGCGAAGACUCUGCAGAGCAACUUGAAUCUGAUACUGUUAGUCGUCCACUCAAUGUUUUGAUUCCAAAAUUCCUGCAGUUCUUCAGACAUACAUCUGCUAAAAUCAGAUCUCAUGCUAUUGCAUGUGUCAAUCAGUUUAUAAUCAAUCGUGCAGAGGCUCUUAUGUUGCAUAUGGAUGCAUUUCUGGAAAAUCUUUUCUACUUGACGUCUGAUGACAAUCCAGAAGUCAGAAAAAAUGUUUGCAGAGCUUUAGUUAUGCUGCUAGAAGUUAGAAUGGAUAGAUUAAUUUGUCACAUGCAUGAUAUAAUUGAAUACAUGUUGAUAAGAACUCAAGAUCCAGAUGAUGCAGUAGCUCUUGAAGCUUGUGAAUUCUGGUUGUCUUUGGCUGAGCAGCCAUUAUGCAGAGAAGUGUUGGCUCCUCAUUUACCUAGAUUAGUUCCCGUGCUUGUAAAAGGCAUGAAGCAUUCAGAACUUGACAUAAUACUUCUCAAAGGAGAUGUUGAGGAAGAUGAAAUGAUACCUGACAGAGAAGAAGAUAUCAGACCUAGAUUCCACAAAUCUAAAACACAUCAUCAAAAUCACGCAGGGAUGAAACAGCAUAUGGAUGAGAACGGCAGCUAUGAUGACAAAGACUGCGAUGAAGAUGGGGGCGAUGAUGAUUCUUCUCUCAGUGAUUGGAAUUUAAGAAAAUGCUCUGCAGCUGCGCUGGAUGUUUUGGCUGGAGUAUUCAAAGAAGAUAUUCUACCUGUCUUGGUACCUAUUCUUAAGGAAACUCUUUUCCACGAAAAUUGGGAAAUCAAAGAAUCUGGUAUUCUUGCUCUCGGUGCCAUUGCUGAAGGUUGCAUGUCUGGUAUGAUUCCACAUUUACCAGAGCUGAUUCCAUAUCUGAUCAGUUGUCUGAGCGAUAAAAAAGCACUGGUACGCUCUAUAACUUGUUGGACACUAAGUCGUUACGCUCAUUGGGUUUGUGCUCAGCCACAUGACACUUAUCUGAAGCCAUUAAUGACUGAACUUCUAAAACGUAUACUUGAUGGCAAUAAACGUGUUCAAGAAGCUGCGUGUUCUGCAUUUGCAACUUUAGAGGAAGAGGCAUGUACAGAGUUAGUUCCUUAUUUAGGUUUCAUAUUAGAAACUCUAGUAUUUGCUUUUGGUAAAUAUCAGCAUAAAAAUUUGCUCAUUUUGUACGAUGCAAUUGGUACAUUAGCUGAUUCAGUUGGACGUCAUUUAAAUAAGCCUGAUUAUAUUAACUUAUUGAUGCCUCCUCUAAUUAGUAAAUGGAAUAUACUGAAAGACGAGGAUAAAGAUCUGUUUCCACUUUUAGAAUGCUUAUCAUCGGUAGCUACUGCCCUUCAGUCUGGAUUUUUGCCAUAUUGUGAACCAGUUUACAGGAGAUGUGUAUCUUUAGUAGAACAAACUUUGAACAGGCACAUGGCCUAUACACAAAAUCCAGAGCAGUUUGAAGCUCCAGAUAAAGACUUUAUGAUUGUAGCUUUAGAUCUUCUUAGUGGAUUAGCAGAAGGUUUGAAUGGGCAUAUGGAAAGCUUGGUAGUUAAUAGUAACGUUAUGCAGCUGCUGUAUCAGUGUAUGCAGGAUCAUAUGCCAGAAGUUAGACAGAGCAGCUUUGCGCUCUUGGGAGACUUAACAAAAGCUUGCUUCCAACACGUACUUCCCUGCAUACCGGAAUUUAUGCCAAUUCUCAGUCAAAAUUUGAAUCCAGAGUAUAUUUCAGUUUGUAACAAUGCAACUUGGGCUAUAGGAGAGAUUUCUAUCAAACUUGGACCUGAAACAAGUACAUACAUCCCAUUAAUCUUGAACCAACUAAUCGACAUCAUAAAUAGACCAAAUACACCAAAGACAUUGCUGGAAAACACGGCCAUUACGAUCGGUCGUCUAGGUUAUGUGUGUCCCCACGACGUCGCUCCUAUGUUACAGCAGUUUGUCCGACAGUGGUGUAGUUCUUUGAGAAACAUUCGUGACAACGAAGAGAAAGACUCAGCGUUUCGCGGUAUGUGUCAGAUGAUUGCUGUAAAUCCAGGUGGAGUAGUACAAGAUUUCAUCUUUUUCUGUGAUGCUGUUGCAUCCUGGGUGACACCUAGAGAUGACUUAAAAGACAUGUUUCAGAAGAUCUUACAUGGCUUCAAAAAUCAAGUCGGAGCAGAGAACUGGAGGCGCUUUUCUGAUCAAUUCCCGCCACAGCUCAGUGAACGACUCCAACAUAUGUACGGCGUCUGAACGACCCCGCCUACAAAUGAAGGCCAAUCCAAGGCCAAACGGGGUUGGGCGGGGAUUACAAAAAUAGGUGAUCAGGGUGGGUGGGUGAAACCACGGCCUCUUCUCAUCAAACAUCGUCGUCGUUAUCGAGUCAUGGUCACCAUGCCGGCGUCUUCACUUGUCGUCGGGCCCUCACCUGGGGACUAAGGAACAAAUAAUAAAUCAAGAAAACUUCAAAUCAGCGCGUACGCCGUACAAACGCCUGUACAGAGCGGUAAUUAGGCAAUCGACAAGAUAGAGUAACGUGAAGCCAAGGGGUAUAAAAAAAUAUAUAAAUCAAUUUUAAGGAGAAAGUGUGGAGCUCUAAAAUAACGCGCCCAGAGCUUACAAUAGAGAUGAAUAAUAAACAGAAACGACACAAGUAUCAAUUAUUUCAAAUUGUAAAACGCGUAAUG